CCUCACCACAGGCUGAGGGACAAAGUGAGCAACCAGUUUCCAGUCUUCAGCUGAAAAUCCGGCAGUUUUAGGACCGUCAAUAUGAGCCGCAGCCCAGAGAGGAUGUCUUCAUACCGCCGUCAUUUUGAAGGCACUUUGGCAGCCACUCCUGCAUGCCAGCUUCGGGUGUCCAGUCCAUCUCCCAUCCGCAGGGAGACCCGCCACCGGUCUGUCAGCUUCACCCGAAGCGGUAGGACGAUGGGCCAGAGGGCCAUCGCCCCCAAGACUCGCAUGACUAGCAGUUCGAGUAUGGGAGCGCUGUGCUUUGGUAUGUCCAUGGGUCUUGGGCCAAAACUGGACUUGGAUGUGGCCGCAGCAGAGAACCAGGCCUUCAUGCUGACUCGCACUAAUGAAAGGCAGGAGAUGGUUGCCCUCAAUGACCGCUUGGCGUUGUAUAUUGAAAAGGUGCGAACUCUGGAGUCUGGAAACAAGCUGCUGGAGGCUGAGAUUGAGACCCUGAAAAGCCGCCAUGUCAGACCAUCAGGCCUCAGGCAGCUAUACGAGUCUCAGCUGAGGGAACUCAACAGGGAAGCUGAACAAAUCCGUGUGCAGAGGAAUUUGUCUUUGGCAGCCAAGGAGGCAAUGCUGGGUCAGCUGGACAUGGUGAAGGCCAAAUGUGAUGAAGCUGCAGAGGCCAGGAAAAAGACGGAGCAAGACAUCGAGGCUUUACGUCCGGAUGUGGACAAAGCCACCUCAGCCCGGAUUGCGCUGGAUAAGCAGCUGGAAAACCUGGAAGCUGAACUGAUCUUUCUGCAAAGAGUUCACAAGGAGGAAGUCGAGGACCUGAUGCAGCACAUCUUCUCAUCGGCUGCUAAGGUGGACAUGACCUUUGGCCUACCAGACCUCUCCUCUGCUCUGAGACAGAUUCAGUCUCAGUACGACAACAUUGCUGCCAAAAACCUACAGGAAAUGGAUGCUUGGUACAAAACUAAGUUUCAGGACAUGAACAACACCUCAACCAAACACGCCCAAAGCAUUCGGAGUCUCAGAGAGGAAAUUGCCAGUCAUAAAAAAGAUAUCCUUAACAAGGAACGUGAACUGGACACCCUGAAGACAAGGAAUGAGUAUUUGGAGGCUCAGAUUCGUGAUUUAGCGGAGAAAUACAAGAAGGAGGAAGAAGACAUGCAGGAGCGCGUAGAAGCGAUCAAGCUCAAUCUGAAUGUUACCAAGGAGAAGAUUGCUCUGCUGCUGAGGGAAUAUCAGGACCUACUGAAUGUUAAGAUGGCUCUGGAGCUUGAGAUCACCACCUACAGGAAGCUGAUUGAAGGGGAAGACAGCCGUCUGAGCACCAUGGUCCAAAACCUGUCCCUGACUGGAGGCCUGCAUCUGACUUCAAGUGUUAGCAUGAGCGCUUCUUCUUCUUCCAAGCUGGAUGGGCCCCCCAAUGAAAAGAGCAGCACCAAGGAAGAGAAAGCUCCAGGAGAUGGGCAAGCGGAGAUGGUCUCAUCGGACACCCAGACUGACGUCAACAUGGAGGAGCAGGCAACUGAGACAUCUGAGAGGAAGAUGCUCCUCAUCAGAACAGUUAAGACAGAGGACGACACUUAUGAGAGCAACACACAGGAGUGCACCAUCAUUAUUUCUGGAGCAGCUGGAGACAUGGAUGAAGAUUGAACUCUUUGCCGAGCAACGAUCUUGACUACGUACAGCGUAGUCUGUACACCAGAAGUUCGGUUGUGUUGUGUAUGUCAGCCUUUCUGCUUAUUUAAUCCUUCUGUGUGUCAGGAAUGUGUCUUUAAAAGUAACAAAAUAAAUAUUAAGCAAGCACA